GUCGCCGGGGUGCAGUUGGUCGCAGCUCAGUCGUGGCGAUCGCCAGGUGAACGAAGGUUGUGUCGCGCAGACAACAAUUUUGAAAACGAAAAGAUUGCAACUGAAUUUUUGGAGAUCAUUUUCUAACCAUGUCGGGAAAACUGAUCAUGAAACGCAAACGUGCCAGCCAGGAAGAGCAGCAGCAACAUCAGCAGCUGCAGCCGGGACAGGAGCAACAUGUUCAGCCACAGGAGCAGCAACAUUUACAGCAGCCGGAUGAAGCAGCUCCGGAGAAACGCCAUCGUCCUCUAACUCCACCCGCGGAAGAGCCAGGACAGGAUUACGCGUCCCCGCCAGAUGCCCCUAACCGUAUCCUUCUGGAAGCCCUGCAAAAGAUAAUGGAGUUGCAGGCGGAAUUGGAUGCUUUUGAGCAUGAUCUAGAUGAACGGGAUGGUGCGGCAGCAGAAGCUGAAGAGGAAGAUGUCGAAGAGAGUGCGGAGGAUGCGGAGGUUGCUGCUCGAUUUGCACCACCCACCCCAGCCGAAAGGAGUCAGGCAGAGGCACUGGGUUUCGCCAUGUGCGCCAGGGAAACGCUGCUCUUCCUUCAGAGCGAGGGAAUACCCACGGAAUCGCCGCUUUAUCAGACUCUUCUUGGGAAAUUGGUUGGCCAAAGCGAUGGGCUCUUGCAAGCUUAAUAACCAACCUUGGAGGGCAGAAGCUCCUCCGCAUUCUAGUCACUUUGCUGCGAUCUCAUUGCAAGUAAAACCAGAGAGGUAGAGAGAGAGAGAAUCCAAGGGUUGAGCAUUUUCUAGGGGUGGAAAUAGUGCCACCCAGGAAUCUGCGUAAUCCUAAGCUGUUUACUCUAGUCAACUAUUGUGAAGCAAUAUAAAAAACAUAAGAAACAACGAAAUAAAUUAAUAAUUAAUAUUAAAGAAAAAAGAAUAUUGUUUUAUUAAUUGUUAGAUUGCC